AUGGGUUUCCAACAGAGGCUCAAGGGCGCCAUCGAUCGGACAAUUGCGGAGGAACAGGCUCGACAGGAGCAGGCACGACAAAGGAUAGAACCGGCAGGCGGCACGCCGCGCAGAUCCGAUUCCACCUCGCGGAACAACAAUCAGUCGCCCGCGAGACGACCUCGCCCCAAGAAGGCAGGCGCGGCAGCUGACGUAUCCAAGGACGACAACGGCGGCAGCCCCUCGAACCCCGACCCGGCCGUUUUUGAAGCGGCCUUUGCGCUCGACGACGGCGAGGAGCCCAGCCGCGCGGGAACGCCCAAGCCGGCAGCCGACGCCAUGGACAAGGGUGACGAGAAGGUGAAGGAGAAGGCCGAGGAGGGCCAGAACGGGGAGAAUGAGAAGGACAAGGAGGCCGAGGGCGCUGCGGCUGCCGCGGCAGAGCCCUCUCCCGAGGUCCGCAUGAAGCUUCGCAAGUUGGAGAAGCUGGAGAAGACGUACCCUGAGCUCCUCCGAUCCUAUCGAAUCGCCCACGGCCGUGCCACGUCGAUUGAGCCCUUCGAACGGGUGCUCAAGGAACACACGAGCGUCGGGUCGAUCCGCGAGCCCGAGGCGUUGGUGGAAUACCUCAACUCGCUGAAGCAGAAGGAGCAGAUGAUCAUGGACGAAUACAAGCGGGUCUCGCUCGAAAAGGACGAUUUCAAGAAGAAGUUUGAAGCGGCCGAGAAGGACGUGGAGAAGUUCAAGAAGGAGGUCGAGGAGCUCAGGGCGGCGCAGUCCGCCGCCCCGGCUGCUGGCGAGAAGACGGAAGAGCCCAAGGAGCAGGUCGAUGCCGCGACCAGCACCAAGGACGACGGCUCGGUCAAGUCGCCCGACCCGUCCGCUGCCAAGUCGCCUCUGCAGCAGGCCCUCGGCAUCUUCUCGCCCAAGCAAAAGGCGCAGGAGCCUGCGGGCGAGAAGCCUGAGGAGUCUGGAGGCGACUUCUUCUCCUACGAUGAGGAGGCUCCCAAGUACGAGGCCGACAUGGCUGCCAAGGAGGAGGAGAUUGAGAAGCUCAAGACCGAGGUCAACUCGCUCAAGGCCGAUCUCGCCUCUGCCAAGGACUCCAGCGCCGACCUCACUGAAAAGUUUGAGAAGGCGACAAAGGAGGCCGGCGAACUCCGUGAUGUGGCUGCUGUGAAGACUUCCCUUGAGACGCAGCUUGAAGCGAGGAACAAUGAAAUCAAGUCGCUCACGGAGCGUCUGGAGACCUCGCAGAAACAGCUCAAGGAAGUGGAAGCUAAGCUCAAGGGUGAACUCGAAUCCGCCAAGAAGGAGGCUAAAACCGUGCAGUCGAAGCUCAACGAAUCUAAUGCUCGUGCAGACAGGGAGGAGGCACGCGCCAAGGAGGCUGUCACUGCCAAGACUGAGGUCGAGAAGAAGAUCACGUCAUUGAACGGGCAGAUUGAGAAUAUCAGGAAGGCCAAGGCCGAGCACGAGAAGAAUAUUGCAGAGCUCACCAAGCAGCUAGAGAAACAGGCCAGCGAGGCCCCGCCAGCCACCCCUACGACCCCAGGGCCUACGGACACCCCCGCAGCCGGCGCAGGCAAGAACGCCAAGAAGAACAAGAAGAAGAAGAAGGCCGGUGCCGCUGCAGCUGCUGCUACACCCGCGACGACCGCCGGUACCGACACUCCCCCAGCGGCCGACGAAGCCAAGGAGUCCGAUACGGAGGCCUUGGAAGCGGAGAUUACGCGCCUGAAGGAGGAAGUCACAACAAAAGACUCUCAGAUUGAGAGGCUGACGAAGCAACGCAAGACCGAGGAAGAUCUCCGCGAGGAGAUUGAGACGCUGCGCGACGAAGUCACCGAGAUUGGCCAGGAGCACGUGGUGGCCAAGGAGAAGAUCAAGAACCUUGAGGCCGAGAAGAAGGCCCUGCAGACGCGCAUCGAGGAGCUCGAGAAGGAGCUCGGGUCCUCGGCAAACGACGCCAAGGCGAGCGAGAAGCUGCAGAGCGAAUUCGACAACCUGCAGCGCGAGUACGAAGACCUCAAGAGCAAGUCGUCGACCCUGCAGUCGGAUCUGGGUGCUGCUCAGCAGCUGGCCCAGACCAGAUUCAAGGACCUCACGGAAUUGCGCGAGGUGCUCCAGAAGGCCCAGCCCGAGAUGAAGAGUCUGCGUCAGGACUCUGUCGCUCUCAAGACGACCAAGGAGGAGCUGGCCGCGAAGAACACGGAACUCCGCAACCUGGAGAAGAAGGAGAAGGACCUCAAGGCUGACGUCGCCCGGGUCCAGCGGCUGGCCACGGAUCGCGAGACGGAGAUCAAGUCGCUCCGCGAGAAGCUGGCGAACGAGACGAACAACCGUCUCCGUCUGGAAGACGCGCAACGGGUUUCCGCUCGUGAUUUGCGUCGCUCCGAGGCCGAAAAGGUGGAGAUCAGCGCCAAGGAGGAGAAGACGGCUCGGGAGCUGCAGAAGGUGCAAGAGGAGGCCAACAAGCUGCGGCCCAGAGUCAAGGAGCUUGAGGAGCAGGUGGAGAAGCUCGAGAAGGAGAAGAAGUCUCUGCAGCAGGAGGCGGACCUCAAGACGCAGCAGUACGCCAACGCGCAGGGUCUGCUCGGCAGCAUGCGCGACCAGACGGGCGAGCUGACCAUCCAGCUCAAGGAGGCCCGUUCUCAGUCGGAGUCGCUCGAGGAGGAACUCGCCGAGAUCCAGAAGCACCUGUCGGAGCGGUCACGGGAGGCGGAGAGGAUGCGCGGCCUGCUCGCCGACGUGGACGAGCGCGCCGACAGCAAGGUGCGCGAGAUGCGCGCACGCAUGGAGGCGGCCAUUGAGGAGCGGGACCGCAUCGAAGACGAAUCCAGCACGCUCGCCCGGCGCAAGACGCGCGAGACGGAGGAGCUGAAGCAGAAGAUCCGCGACCUGGAGCGCGACAUCAAGACGCUGUCGAGCGAGAAGGACGAGCUGGAGCGCAAGGAGCGGGAGUGGCGCAAGCGGCGCGAGGAGCUCGAGGCGGUCGAGGAGAAGGCCGAGGCCGAGGUCGAGGAGAUGCGGUCGGCGGUGUCGGACCUGCGGUCGACGCUCGACGCGUCGGAGCAGCAGGUGCGAGACGCGGAGAAGCAGAAGUCGGACCUGCGGCGGCUGCUGGAGGAGUCGAAGCAGCGGUUCGACAAGGUCAACAAGGAGCUCAAGACGGUGCAGAGCAAGUUGGGCGCCAGCGUCACGUCGGGCCGCAGCUCGAUGGACUCGAACCGUUCCGGACUGAACGGAGCCGGGUCGCCCGGGCCCGGCGGCGGCGGAUCAGCGGACACGAUGUACCUCAAGACGAUCAUGCUGCAGUUUUUGGAGCAGAAGGACAACAAGCUGCGGGAGCAGCUCGUUCCCGUCUUGGCCAGGAUCCUGAAGUUUGACAAGACCGACGAGCAAAAGUGGAAGAGCGCCAUCCAGCACAUCACGGUCAGGUGA